CGCAAUUUACACCGCAGAGAAGCGGAGAGAGGGGGGAGAGAGACGGAAGAGGAGGGGGGGAAAUAUUAAUCUGUCACAGGCGAAUUUUCUACUAUUCUAACUAUUUUAAGCUGUGUUUUUUUUUCUGUGAGCCGGGUCGCCGCCUGCAGCGGUAGUAGCAGGUGGUGCUUGUAUAACCGCGCGGAGCGUCGACGCUGUUCUGCAGCCGCCUGAUCUGCGCGUCGUUUCAGCACCGGACAGCGACACACCGGGAGCCGCGGCCGGUCAGCUCCCACCGCCACAGCAGCAUAGCCCGUCCGACCCUCGAUUAGCUCGGGGGGGGGCAAUGCGCGGCUAGAUGACUUCACCACAUCAACAAGCGACCACGGUAGUCCUGGACUAAUAAUACAGCAGCGCUACGUCCCCUCCUCCUCCCUCCUCCCCACAUCUCCCUUCUGUCUCCAUUCGCUGAAUCCAAGUCCUCCUGACUAAAGGCACCAUGGGAAAUCGUGGCAUGGAGGAUUUGAUCCCGCUGGUCAACAGGCUGCAGGAUGCCUUCAGCUCCAUCGGCCAAGCCUGCAACCUGGACCUGCCGCAGAUCGCGGUGGUCGGCGGUCAGAGCGCAGGGAAGAGCUCUGUGUUGGAGAACUUCGUCGGCAGGGACUUUCUGCCCCGUGGUUCUGGUAUCGUCACCCGCAGGCCUCUGGUUCUGCAGCUCAUCAGUGCAAAUGCUGAAUGGGCUGAAUUCCUCCACUGCAAGGGGAAAAAGUUCACCGACUUUGACGAGGUGCGCCAGGAGAUUGAGGGUGAGACCGAUCGGGUCACAGGGGCCAACAAGGGCAUAUCUCCCAUCCCCAUCAACCUACGAGUUUACUCCCCUCAUGUGCUGAAUCUGACCCUCAUCGACCUGCCGGGAAUCACCAAGGUGCCAGUUGGAGACCAGCCUGCGGACAUCGAGCAACAGAUCAGGGAUAUGAUCAUGCAGUUUAUCAGCAGAGAGAGCUGCUUGAUCCUGGCUGUCACCCCAGCAAACACUGACCUGGCCAACUCUGACGCCCUCAAACUGGCAAAGGAUGUCGACCCCCAGGGUCUAAGGACCAUUGGAGUGAUAACCAAACUGGAUCUGAUGGAUGAAGGAACAGAUGCCCGAGAUGUUUUAGAGAACAAACUUCUUCCACUUCGAAGAGGGUACAUCGGUGUGGUGAACCGCAGUCAGAAGGACAUCGAAGGCAAGAAAGACAUCAAGGCUGCUCUAGAAGCUGAGAGGAAGUUCUUCCUGUCCCACCCGUCAUACAGGCACAUGGCCGAAAAAAUGGGCACCCCUCAUCUGCAGCAAGUGCUCAACCAGCAACUGACUAACCACAUUCGGGACACGCUGCCAGCUUUCCGCAGCAAGCUUCAGGCCCAGCUGUUGGCUCUAGACAAGGAGGCAGAAGAAUACCGGGGAUACCGUCCUGAUGACCCAUCUCGCAAAACCAAACAGCUGCUGCAAAUGGUGCAACAAUUCUCUGUGGACUUUGAGAAGAGGAUUGAAGGUUCGGGGGAUCAGGUGGACACAGUUGAGCUGUCUGGUGGAGCAAAAAUCAAUCGCGUCUUUCAUGAGCGCUUCCCUUUUGAACUGGUCAAGAUGGAGUGUGAUGAGAAGGAGAUGCGGCGUGAGAUCAGUUAUGCCAUCAAGAACAUCCAUGGUAUCCGAACUGGGCUUUUUACCCCUGAUAUGGCAUUUGAGGCUAUAGUGAAGAAGCAGGUUGUGAAGCUGAAGGAGCCAUGCAUCAAAUGUGUGGACAUGGUCAUCCAGGAGCUGAUCAAUACUGUCCGUCAGUGCUCCAACAAGUUGGAAUGCUUCCCAAGGCUGCGAGAGGAAACUGAGAGGAUCGUCACCUCUCACAUUCGAGACAGAGAGAGUCGUGCCAAGGAGCAGGUUCUGCUGCUGAUUGAUCUGCAGCUUUCUUACAUAAACACAAAUCAUGAGGAUUUCAUUGGCUUCGCUAGCGCUCAGCAGAGGAGCAGUCAAACUAAUAAGAGCCAGAGUUCAGCAGGAAAUCAGGUUAUCCGUAAAGGGUGGCUGACCAUCAACAACAUCAGCAUCAUUAAAGGAGGAGCCAAGGAGUACUGGUUUGUGCUGACUGCUGAGAGUCUCUCCUGGUUCAAGGAUGAUGAGGAGAAGGAGAAGAAGUACAUGCUACCCCUGGACAACCUGAAGGUCCGCGAUGUGGAGAAAAGUUUCAUGUCAAGCAAGCAUAUAUUCUCCAUCUUCAACACAGAGUCCAGGAAUGUCUACAAGGACAAUCGCACUCUGGAGUUGGCCUGUGACUCCCAGGAUGAUGUGGACAGCUGGAAGUCGUCUCUCCUACGUGCCGGGGUCUACCCUGAGAAGACCAUCACAGUUGAGAGUGAGACCACCACAGCCACAGAUAACUUCUCCAUGGACCCUCAGCUGGAGCGUAAAGUUGAAACCAUCCGCAAUCUGGUGGAUUCUUACAUGGCUAUUGUGAACAAGUGCAUCAGGGACCUCAUCCCAAAGACCAUCAUGCAUCUGAUGAUCAACAAUGUGAAGGACUUCAUCAAUGCGGAGCUGCUGGCGUGCCUGUACUCUGCAGGUGACCAGAACGCCCUGAUGGAUGAGUCCCAGGAGCAGGCCCAGCGAAGGGAUGAGGUGCUGAGGACCCACCAGGCCUUAAAAGAGGCCUUGGCCAUUAUAGGAGACAUCUCUACAUCAACUAUCACAACCCCUAUGCCUCCGCCUGUUGACAGCUCCUGGGUGGGAGGAGCUGCCGGUGGUCGCAGGUCUCCUCCACCCAGCCCCACAGCACCUAGGAGGAUGUCUUCAGGCCAGCGGCCGGCUCCCAGAGGGGCCCCACCACCGCCAAACAGGCCGGGACCUUUGGGACCCUUCAAUAAUAGUGCUGAUAGCCCUCAGGCACCCAGCCGGCCUAAUAGGGCCCCCCCCAGCAUUCCCAGCCGCCGACCACCUCCGUCUCCUACAAGACAAGCUCCCCCAUAAUCACCUCAAUGGGAGGCCUCCAGCCCCACUGUCCUCCCCUCAUACCCCCUCCCCUCUUAGCCAUGGCUCUGCUGUCCUCGUCUCUCCUUAGCGAAGGCGCCGAAGUCUUUGACCCCUUUGAACCUCAGUUUCCUGCCAGGUGAAGACGUCCAUAUAUUUAUGUACAGUAUGGUACUUGUCUUGUGGUGUGUAUAUAUGUGCGCUUGUUGCUCGCCUGUGAUCCAGGUUUGCUUAGCAGGUCCACUACCCUGCGACCCUUUACCCCUGACUCGACCCUAUGAUUCAGCCAGCACCCCCAGUUUCUGCUUCUACAUAAAAAAAAAAUAAGAAUACUCUCAGCAGUCAUACUGCCCUACUCAUUCCAAAAUGCAGCAUGCC